AUGUAUGAUAAUUUACAAGACCCUAGCUGCGUUAUAUGCGGUAGGUCUGAAGAAUCAAUGGAGAAUUUGAUGUUUGAUUGUACACAUGCCAAAAAAGUUUGGAGGGGUCUUAAUAUCAACAUAGAAUCAUCCAUAAACGUCAGUAUCUUAGUUUCUGAAUGGAUGAUAAGUUGGUUCUCCUCUACACAGUUUGAAGAAGAUGAAAAAAGGUUCCUAACUCUUCUAAUAGGUGCAUGGGUCAUUUGGAAGGAUAGAUGUAAAUUAGUCUUUCAGGGAGUAACUCUUAACUCAAUUACUUCUGUGCAUAAAAUUCAUUAUCAUCUUUCUUCACAUAUGCAUGUAGGAAAUAAUCCUUUGAAUAAUGCUAUGAAUGAUGCUAAGAUUUCAAGAUGGAAACCACCUUUAGAAGGGGUUAUUAAGAUCAACAUAGAUGCUUCUUAUGAUCAUAACACUAAUGAAUUUGGAACUGGCCUUGUCAUGCGUAAUCACGCAGGUAACUGCCUUGGAAUUAAAGGAACAUAUGGCAAUGGAGCAUUAGGAGCUGAGUCAGGGGAGUGCAUGGCUGUUCGUGAAUCAUUACUUUGGUAUAGGAGUCUUCAACUGACGAAUAUUCAGAUUGAAGCAGAUGCAAAUCUUGUGAUUCAAUCCAUCAACAGUCAGUCCUUACUCAUUCAAUGGGAAAAUAAGAAUUUUAUUAAAGAGAUCAAACAUUUAAUCUCCAGUUUUACUUCUUGUACUUUUGCUUACAUUAGUCGUGAUGAUAACAAAGUAACAAAUGCUAUUGCUAGAUCAUCUAGAGAAAUUGGUCAAGGCUGUGAGAUUUAUGAUUUCUCCUGCCAUAUGUAG